AUGACAUCGUUUACGUCUGCGACUUCCUCCGCCGGGGCUCCCUCACGUCGGCUGCCGCCUUCGUCGUUGUCGACCUCGGGCCCCGCCUCCCAUGCGCCGGCACCCGCACCAGCGUCCAUCGAUCCGGUCCUGCGCAACACGCUGCGCUACACCGUCUCGGCGCGCGAGUACGCAACGCUGCACAAGUACAUCCUCUCCCGAUCGCGUCUCCUCCGUCGCAAUUCGCCCAGUCCCGCCGCCGUCGACAAGGCUCUCUCGUCGGGUAGCGGCACGAGGGGUGGUGCCCACGCCGCCCACGGUCACGGUCAUGGCCACUCGCAUCCUCACCCUCACACCCAUGCCGCCGCCGGCGGUGGAGACGAGUACACUGCAAAGGCGGUGAGGCACGCCCUGCGCGUCUUCGCCGUCACUUGGGUGGGCAUGAAAGGCUGGGAGGCCAUCGCGAGGAGGAUGGCCGGCGACAAGGAGCAAGUUCCCACCGCUGCCGAACCGGUCUUGCCAUGCUCCGUCUUCCGAAUGCUGACUUCGCCUCCAUCUCCCGCCCUGAGGCUAUCCCUCUCCCUCUCAACCAUCCUCCUCCUCUACCGCAUACUCUUCCGCUUCCUCUCUCGUCUGCGCGCCCAUCUCAUGGACCCCCAAGUCGCUCCCUUCCGACGGCGCAACCCCCGGACGGCGGCGACCCUGACCUCGCCCUACGCGCCCGCCGUCGGUGCCUCGCUCGCCGGCCUCGCCCUGGGCGUCUACCCGUCGCAGCAGCUGCGCGUGUCCAUCGCCAUCUACAUGAUGAUCCGUGCGCUCGAGUUUGGCUGGAACGUCUGCGAGGGCGAGGGGCACAUAUGGGGCAUGAGGAACGGCAAGAAGCGGGAGCGGCCAUGGUGGUUUGGAAGCUGGAUGCUGCAGCCCCUGACCUUGGGGCAGCUGCUCCAUUCCUGCGUCUUCGACAAGGACUGCUUCCCGCCGGCCUUUGGCAACUUCAUCUCCAAGAACUCGUCUGCCUACAUCCACGAACGCCCGGCAAACUGGCCCGCGCGCAUGGAGUGGCCCAAGGCGCGCGAAGUCGUCGACAGCCUGGCCCGGAUGGCCCACCUCAACUGGCCGGCCUAUGUCUCCCCCAUCCUCUUCCCCGGGAAGGAAGUGCUCCCGCCCGUGCUGAGGUCGGUCUCGCCCCUGUCGUCGCAGGCACACCCACUCAUCAGGUCGCUCUCAUGCGCGACCUUACACCCAUCGGACCCGUCCUGCCUCCGGACUUACCUCACCUUCUGGCUCAACUCCUUCCCGCCGCUUGCCCGAUUCUUCCUCGUCCUCUACUCGGGCCUCACCAUCCUCCCCCGCCUGAAGACGUUCUACCACUUCCCCGUCGCCACGGCCCAGCGCAUCCUCGCGCGGGCCCUCCGCAUGUCCGCCUUCGUCACCGGCGCUAUUUCGACGGCCUGGGCGUCGAUCUGCUUCUUCCAGGCCUACCUCCCCCGUCAUGUCCUCGCCACCCAGAGGUUCUUCCUCGGCGGCUUCUUCGCUGGCCUCUGGGCCUGGGUCGAGCGUCGUCAUGGACGCGGCGUCUUCCUCUACGGCGCCCGCGCCAGCGUCGACAGCCUGUGGAAGGUCGGCGUCAAGCGGCGCUGGUGGAAGGCCAUGAAGGGCGGCGACGUCUGGGUCUUUGUCCUCGCCCUCAUGGUCACCGGCGUCGUCUACGAGCGGGACGCGCGCGCGAUUCGCGAGGCUGAGUGGCGCAAGGGCAUGAGCUGGGUCAGGGGCGAAGGGUGGAGGGACUGGGCUGCGGAGGAAAGCGAUGCGGAGGACGAUGGUGACGAGAAUGGCAGAUUGGGGUAG